AUGAUAGCUAUUGAUCCUCUUACCCUGGCGCUUAGCAAUUUCCAGAGAUCGCUCGCUCCUGAAUGUCUACAACACUGGCUCAUCAUCGGGCUCACCCAAACAGCCCAGGUUGCCAUUUAUGAACUCGCGCUCUUGAGGUCGUCCACAACUGAGACGGCAGCGUCGCAACUCGCGUUCGACUCCAAGCGCAUCGGAUACCUUAUGGAACUCUUACAGACAUGUAAAGCCUGUCGAGAUCACGCUUUGGCUGGCGACACUAUGAGUUUGACAGCUCCAUCAAUGCUCAUAUGGUCCUAUUGUUGCAAGAUCUUAUUUCGACUCUCUAGCAUCAAAGGAGUAGCUGGCUGGGAUCCAACAAUUGUCCAAUCAACUGUCGACAUCGUGCAGUGCCUAGAGCAACUUGCGGAGAUAGCUGAGCGGGCUAAUUCCGAAUACAAGGCUCAAACAGGCGAAGAAAGUUUGUUUGCUGCGGCCGCAGAGACACUGAGAGCUAAGGCGCCAAACUGGAAACUCCCUACAAGAGAGCAUGAUAACAUCAUGGACAGCGCAGCGGACGGCUGGAACAACGGGUUGAUUGGAGAUAUAGGGAUGAUGGACUUUUCGAGCGACUUUUGGAUGCCUAGUGCUUUCAAUUUUUAA